CUUGAAACUUAAAAAAGCUCACACCUUUUUAUAUACCUCUCUCCUCCUUCACCCUUUCUCUUGCCGUCGUCUCCUCCUCACGCUCUCUCACAAACCCUAAAAACCUUCUCUCUCUCUCUCGAUUUUCGAUCUUUUCACAGCUCCAAUGACAAAAAAGCUCAAUCCUUUGGAAGACCCACCAUCCGCUUCUUCAAGCGACGACGACGACAUCGAGACUUCAGAAGCUGGUGAGCCUUCAGACGACUCUUCUUCAUCUGAAGAUGACGAAUCCUCCAAAGCUCCAAUCAAAUCCCUCGCCUCCGCUGCCGCCGCCGCCGCUUCAUCUAAAUCCACCGUCGUCGCAGAAUCGGAUUCUGGAUCGGAGACUGAAACAGAUUCGGACUCUGAAUCGACGAACCCUCCCAAUUCUGGAUCUGGCAAAACAAUCUCAGUGAAUCUCAAGAAGAAAGAGGAUCCGACUUCGUCUGCUGCUUUAGCUUUACCGGCUGCUAAAUCAGGAGGAACCAAACGCCCAGCGAGUGAAGCUGCUACAGCUUCAGCUAAUAAGCGAGUCAAGAAGGGAGGGGAAGAAGAGAGUGUAAAGAAACCAGGUUCUCACAGACUAUGGACUGAAGACGAUGAGAUUGCUGUGUUACAGGGGAUGAUCGACUUCAAAGCCGAUACAGGGAAGUCUCCUUAUGAAGACUCAAAUGGGUAUUACGAUUUCAUCAAGAAAGAUAUAAGCUUUGAGGUAAGUAAGAAUCAAUUCAUGGAUAAGCUUAGGAGUUUGAGGAAGAAGUAUAUGGGUAAAGAAGUUAAGAAUGGUGUUGAACCUAGUUUUGCUAAACCUCAUGAUCAGAAAGCUUAUGAAUUGGCAAAGAUUAUUUGGGGUCCUCAAGGGAUUGCUACUGAGUCUAAUGUUAAGUCUAACGGUGUGUCGAAAAAGAGCAAAGCUAAGAAGAAGCUUGAUUCCGUUAAGCAAGAGUUGGUGUAUGCUGGUUCUUCACCUAAUGGUAAAAGGGAUGAUGAUGGUGAUGGUGAUGAUGAUGAUGAUGAUAUGGAUUUGGUUGUUCAUGGAGGUGGUGGUUCGAGGAAAUCUGAUUUGUUUGAGAGUUCGUCUCUCGUUCGAAUGAUUGCUGGUUGCGGUGUUGAUGAGUAUUAUGUGAAGCGACAAUGGAGUUUAUUGCCUGUUGAGACGAAGAAGGUUGUUGAAGAGAAGUUGAAGUUGUUGCAAGCUAAGGAGUUGGAGUUUGUGAUGGAGAAGACUGACUUUUUGCAUGAGGUUACAUCUAUGAUUGUUGAAGCUUCUAAGAACAAGAAGAGCCAUUAGAUAUAUAUAGAUUUAAUCGGUUUUUUUGAACUAAAAUUGAAUUUGCAAUGUCUUCCUCCUUUUAGUUUCGAAUUUUAGGAUUUACUCUUCUUCUUCUUCUUCUUUCCUUUGAUCUUUCUAUGUAACUUUUCUGGUUUUUUUUUUUUCAUGUGGUUUCAUCUUUUGUUAAUCUCUCUAUUUUGGAUUUGUAGCUUAUAUAUUAUGAAAUACCAUGGAAGUUAAUUCUGCCAAAA